AUGCGCGGCUGCAACAUCGACGCCGUGCUGCCCGCGGCCGCCCUGCCGCGCGCCCUCAGCGCCUCCGCCGUCGCCGGCCUGCCCGACGCGGCCCCGCCGCCGUGGGCGCUCACGCUGUCGCGUGUGGCGCAGCUGGACGUGUCGGAUGCCGAAGCGCUGUCGCCCGAAACGCUCGCGGCGCUGCUAGGCCUCGGCACCGGCGCGCUGCGGCGCCUCGCCGCGUCCGGCUGCCGCGCGCUCGCGGCCGCGGGCGGCGCCGCGCGGCUGCGGCGCGCGCUGCUUUGGGCGUUCGCGCCGCGCCUGCCGUCGCUGCAUGCGCUCUCUGCGGGCUGGGGCUUCACCCAGGGUUCCACGGCGGCGCUGCUGGGCGCCAGCCCGUUCUUGACGCGCCUGGAGUUGGGGCUUGGGGCGGAGUGCGGGGACGGGCUGCUGAUGGGGCUGGCGGAGGCGUGCCCCGACAUGCAGGAGCUGACUUUGCGGCUGGCAGCCGUUGGGACCCCAGGCGUCUCCGCGGUGCUGGCGGCCUGCCGCAAGCUGCGGAUUCUCCGGCUGCAGCAAUGCGCCGGCCCCCUUGACGGCGGCACGCUGCUGGCGGCCGCGGAGCGGCAGCCGCGCAGGUGGCGCCUGGAGGAGCUGCAGCUGGUCGGGGGCGGCCCUGUGCAGCUGCUCGACCGUCAGCUGCUGCGGCUGCUGCAGGCGCCGGCGCCGGCGCCAGAGGGCCGGGGCGCGGGGGAGGGCCGGGCCGGGGCCGACGCCGGCCACGGCGCCUGCAGCAGCAGUGGGGACUGCGGCGGGGACGGUGGCAGUGCAGGGGGUUCAGCCCAACCUCCGGUUGCGACACCGCUGCCACCGCCGCCGCCGCCUUUUUUGCUGCACACGCUGGCGCUUGUUAAUGUCAGGGGCCUCUCAGACGCGCUUCUGCUGCGCCUGGCGGCAGCUGCCCCGCAGCUGCCGCUGCAGCACCUACGCCUGGAAGACUGCUUCGUCGGUCAGCGACCCCUUGGCGGCGGCGGUGGUGGUGGCGGCGGCGGCGCCGGCGGCGCGGCCCCCAAUGCCCCGCACGCGCCGUGGCGCCCCUCCUUCUCGCAGCCCGCGCUGCUGCGCCUCCUCACGCGCUGCCCGGCCCUGGCCUCGCUCCGCCUGCGCCACGCGGCGGCGCCGCUCGACGCCGGUUUUGUGGCCGAGGCGGCGGGCGCGUGCCCGCUGCUGCAGCACGUGCUGCUCGAUCAAUGCGACCUGGCGGAUGGCGGCUUCCGGCUGGCGCCGGACGCCUACUCGCCGUUUGCCGCC